CCACAUAUCACCUAGUAUGUUGCUGGCACGCAAAUCGCUGCCACUGCCACUCACGUUGCCCGCGAAAUUUACAACGAAAGCAUGCGGACGACGUUACUUGCCACAUCACAGCACUUACUAUCGCCGCGGUUGCCCACUUUGUGGCAAGUUUCGUUACGACGCAGAUGAGGCGCUCACGCUGUCGGUAGAAAGUGGGCUGGACGUGCCCACAACCUCUACAACUUUACGAGCGGAACGGGUUGCCACAGAGAUCGCAGUAGCCGCAGAGGACGCUAUUUGUGUGGCAAGCAGCAGCAGCGAGCUGAGGUUGGCGAACAGAUGUCAGCAACUAACUGCGAUGGAUGAUAGGACAAAGGGUACCGGUGUGGGACGCCAAGGGGCAGCUGCCGAACCGGUAAUGGUUGAGGCAACAGACGAAUUGGAAAAGUGUGCGUGCACGGUUGACAUUUUGGAAUCGUCUUCAACUGUAAUAAUUGACAGUGAUGCCAACGGCAAUCACAACAGCAGCGAGGUAACAGCAAGCGCUAAUAACAACGCAGUGAACGCAGUGUCAAAGGAAAUGAUGAUCGAUCAGAAUGCAAAUGGGCAGACAAUUACGGAUGAGGUCUCUACUGAUGUUAUUGCUGCCAGCAGACCAAAGGAUGCAUCAAUUAAUGAGUUUGUAACAUCCUACAGCCAUACGAUGGAGGCUGUUGCCUCAAAUAUGCCCGAAGACACUACUUUGGACGCAAUUAAUGCCAAUAGUGGUAUAAUACGUGUCGACAUGAGCAAAAUCAUCGAUCAGACAGGCUUACCCACCUAUGAAGCAGCCGCAAAGUUGGAGUCAAGUGGAUAUGUUUAAAAGUCGGCUGAGCUUUUCGUUUCAAAGCCAAAUGUGCUUUAUUAGUUUUAGCUGGAAAUUUAGUAGUCACUAAAAGUGCAUAAUAUUUACUAUUUAUCACACACUGUACCAAAAAUAUGUACUAUGUAAAUGAAAUAAAGCAAAGAAAUGUGA